UCGCGAGCGAUGUGGCUCCAAUGUCAUGGCGACGCCGCUGUUUCUUUCGAGGCUUCUGUACGUUACAUCUGGGAGUUGAGGGAGAUGCGACGCUACCCGCAGUCUCUUGUGGGCUUGCAUCAACUCGAGAGCAUUGGCCCAAGGCAAACGCGUCCACCAGCUAGCCCAACAAAAAGGUGGCGAGACGGAGAAGGCUCUAAGCAUCCAGCUCGUCCAGAUGUAUCUCAAGUGUGGGAGCUUGGCCGACGCCAGAGAGGUGAUCGAUCGAGUAAGGAUCGGGGAUGUUGUGACUUGGACGAGAUUGCUCGCAGCAUAUGCCCGGAACGGGGAUUGCGAGCGAGCAAUCCAGGCUUACCAGGAAAUGCUCCAGGCCGGGGUGACGCCCAACAAGAUCACCAUCGUGACGCUGCUCAACGCUUGCGUGGAGCAUUCGUGCCUCCCCAACACUGCCCAGAUUCGCUCCAACGUUUUCGAGAUGGGCUUUCUCUCCGACGCCGUCGUCGCCACCGUGCUCGUCAGCAUGCACAGCCGGUUUGGGAGAAUGGAGGACGCUUGCGACGCGUUCCGGGAGAUCCAGAGGCACGACGUGGUCUCGUGGAACGCCAUGCUCUGGGUGUACGCCGAGAAUGACUACAGGGAAGAGGCGAUGCUUCUCUUCCGGGAAAUGCAGCUAGAGGGAAGUUUGCCGAGCAAAGUUUCGUUCCUGGCGGUUUUCAACGCGGUUGCUGCUGCCGACGACUCUCUAGAGGCCAGGGCGAUGCAUGGCUUGUUCUUGAGGAGUGGCAUCGAGCAGGACUUGGCACUGGGAAACGCCAUCGUCGACAUGUAUGGCAAGUGUGGCUGUCUCGACGAAGCGCUGGAUGUUUUCCGCUCCAUGCCAGAGCGGGACAUCAUCUCAUGGACUGCCAUGAUCGCUGCUUUCGUCCAGUGCGGUGCCAUGCUCGGGGCACUGGAUUCUUUCAGGUUGAUGCAACUCCAAGGAAUUCGUCCAAACAAGGUGACUUUCCUCACGGUUUUGAACUCGGGGGAGAUCCAGGUUCCACUCGAGGAAGCCGGGAGGAUCUAUGGCUACGUUCUCGAGUCAGGGACGCUACAAGCGCAAAACUGGUGUUUGAUAGAGUCGAGAGACGAGAUGUGGUCCUAUGGACUGUUAUCGUUGCAGCGUACGCUCAAUGUGGCGACUUUGCAAAAGCCAUGGAGCUCUUCUACGCAAUGCAGCUGGAAGGAUUUCGUCCCAACAAGGCCAGCUUGAUCAUCGUUGUGGACUCGCUGGGGAGCUUGAGAGCUCUCCAGGAAGGGAGACGGAUCCACGAGAGAAUCAUGGAAGAGGAGCUGGACAGGGACUACGUGAUCCUCGGAAACGCGCUCAUCAACAUGUACCUGAGGUGUGGAGACGUCGCCAGCGCCUGGAAGUGCUUCCGGAGGAUGCCAGCUCGCGACGAAUCGUCAUGGAACGUCAUGCUCGCGGCUUGCAGCGAUGAUCUUCGGCUGGUCGUGACGAUGGUUGGCGAGAUGCAGCAGCAGGGACUGUCCCCGAGCAAGAUCACGCUGCUGGCGCUCAUCAACUCGUGUGUCACGGCAGCCUCGACGCUCCC